GCACACCCAGUCCUUAUCUUCCACUCCGUUGUGAGAGACGUGUUGCCUGAAAAUUUACAAAAUAAAGGUGACUUAUCAAAUUGACAUUGCGAAAAGCUCUGUGCGAAACGAUGCCUCGUCCCACACGUGAGUCAUAUGGAGAUCAGAAACCACCGUUCUCAUAUAUCGCCCUGACCGCCAUGGCCAUCUGGAGCUCCCCGGAGCGCAUGCUGCCGCUGUCGGAGAUCUACAGGUUCAUCACCGACCGGUUCCCGUACUACCGGCGCAACACGCAGCGCUGGCAGAACUCGCUGCGGCACAACCUCUCGUUCAACGACUGCUUCGUGAAGGUGCCGCGGCGGCCCGACCGGCCCGGCAAGGGCGCCUACUGGACGCUGCACCCGCAGGCCUUCGACAUGUUCGAGAACGGCUCGCUGCUGAGGAGAAGGAAGAGGUUUAAGCUGCACAAAGGGGAGAAGGACAGUCUGAACGCUGAGCUGGCAGCGCUGGCGAGUUUCAACAGAGCUUUUCUGGCGAGGCAGGCGGGUGCGCCGGGUGGGAGUAUGCACAACGGGAGUUUGUAUUCGCCGGCUGCGUUGUGUUCGCGGCCGAGCCCGGAGCCAGUGGAGGGUCCUGAUACGGCGGCGCUGCUGCCGGCGUGUCCGAGGCCGCGGCGCGCGUUCACGAUCGACGCGCUGCUGGAGCCGGAGCCGCGGCGGCUGUCGCCCUCGCCGCCGGCGCCGCCGCCGAUGCCGCCGCACUGCCCGCUGCCGCUGCCGCCGGCGCCGUACCUGCUGGCGGCGCAGCGCUACCACGCCGAGCUGCUGGCCGGCCUGCAGCAGUCCUGCCUUCCACCGUUGUGGACGUGGAGGGACACCAGUCAAUUUUCACAUUAUACGCUUAAUUCAUGAAUGGUAUGACGUCGAUGUAACAGAUCGAUCUCAAAAGUAGCUCUAGCUAUAAGAAAAUUCCUAGAGACAGUUUAACACGUAAACUAAAAUAAUUAGAAGAAUAGUAAAGACAGUACCUAGUGCCGACGGUGAAAGAAAGUGUCGCACUCUUCAAUCUAAGUGUAAAGUGAGUCCUAUUGACUGGAGGAGUGAGAUGACGAAAUUGGAGGUGGAUAUUGAGAACUUCUCAAGAUCAAGUAAGGACAUCUAAUAAACCUAAUUAAACUUAUUUUAAAUAUUAUUUAAUAGAUAAAAAUAUUCUUGAAACUGUGAUAUUAU